UGCUAUGACCAGCGUCAGAUGAGCAAGUGAGAUUCAUUGUAAUUUCCAAGAUACUUAAAGGAGCUAAUCGAAUGCCCUUUUAAAUGCUCACUACUUUUGCUUUUACGGAGAUAGCUUUUUCAACAUGAAACCAAAAUCACUCACAAUCGUCAUCAAACUGGGAACGAGUUCAAUUGUUAAUGAAAAGACACAUGAACCUCUUAUUUCAAUUUUGUCACUGAUUUGUGAGACUGCUGUAAAGCUCCACAAAGAUGGACAUAAAGUAAUUAUUGUCUCCUCUGGUGCCAUUGGAGUUGGUCUGCGGCGAAUGGACGUUGAAAAGAGACCCAAACACCUUCCAAGGAUCCAGGCUCUAGCAGCAAUUGGUCAAUGUCGACUGAUAGGAAUAUGGGACACUCUAUUCAGCCACCUACGACAGCCCAUUGCCCAGAUACUCCUCACCAGAAACGACAUUGCCGAUCGUACCCAAUACCUCAAUGCCCAAAAUACUUUUGCUGAGUUGCUUGAAAUGGGAGUGAUUCCUAUCGUCAACGAGAACGAUACUAUUGCAGUCACUGAAAUCAAGUUUGGAGACAAUGACACAUUAUCCGCUAUCACAGCAGCAAUGGUUCACGCAGACUAUCUCUUCCUCAUGACCGAUGUGGAUUGUUUAUACGACAAAAACCCAAGAACGAAUCCGGACGCUCAAGCCAUUGAGAUUGUGAAGGAUAUUGCCGAAUUACAAGCAGAUGUAUCUAGCGCAGGUUCAAGUCUAGGAACAGGAGGAAUGUACACCAAGAUCGUUGCCGCCCGCCUCGCCACCUCCGCUGGAGUAACAACAGUAAUAACCCGCUCCUCAAAUCCGGGCAACAUAGUCAACAUCGUUCGAUACCUACAAAGCAUCAAACCCACAUCCUCGUCUCCACGUUCGCAAUCCCAAUCACCAACUCCCACUUCCAUAAAAACCAUCUCUUCAAGCACAACUCUACUCGACGAACCUCUAGCCCGCUCCACCGCUUUGCUGACUGUAGAACCCCCUCUCACCGCUCCGCUCCACACCCGCUUCGUCCCCUCUCCUCAUCCCAUCCGAGACCGCUACUUCUGGCUCUUGCACGGUCUCGCCUCCCACGGCACCCUUUACAUCGACAGCGGGGCUCACGAGGCCCUGAAGAAUAAAGCAGGUCUGCUUCCAGUCGGGGUCGUCGAUGUGGAGGGUCACUUUGCACAACAAGAAGCUGUCCGGCUCGUGGUUGUUGAUCGCUGUCUGAGGACGCGACUAAGUCCAGGCAAGGUGUGGGAGGGUGCUGGGAUAGAGGUGGGCAGAGCGUUGGUGAACUACAGUGCGGCUGAGAUAGCGAGGAUCAAAGGAGUGAGGAGUGGGGAGAUUCAAGGGCUGUUGGGAUAUGCGGAGAGUGAGUAUGUGGCGUUGAGGGAGAACAUUAGUUUCUUUGAGAGGGAGAGUAGACCAGUCUCGCCGAGUGUAGAGCUCCAGGAGAAUAAAGUUCUGGUGUGAUGUUUCUGGAGAUGUCAAUUGGGGCGUUCUGGGAUGAAAUCAAUAGAUUGUACUGGUAGAGAAAAGGAGUUUGGUAGAGGAUGCAAUG